UUUUUUUUUUUUUUUAAUACUGGAUUUACCUUCGGCGUCAUGUAUGCGCGUCCAGCAUUUUUGUUCAUCGUUGACUUGUGAGGGGGACGUAUACAUGCAUAAUUUGGUAUGAGCACCAUUAUUGCAUACAAGCUUAGAUUAGCUGUCAAGAAGAAGGGAAAUGAAAUGAAUCGCUAGAUGGGUCAUGAUGAGCUAUUUCGCAGUGCUGCACUGACCCAGAACACCCUGGACUGGCAGUAAUGUGACAGAAUCGGAGCGGGUUUGUAUGAGUCAGGCUUCACACAGGACUUCACUCUGCAACCGAUCUGAGUUUUCUGGAAGAAGUUGUGCACUUCUCCGGUUUCAGGACAGGCAUUAGUACCAACCUUCAUGAGUCAAGAUUUUCAACCCUUCAUAAACAUGAGACUUAAGUGAACAGUGAUUAGGGAGAUGACGACUUUCCAGGACGUGAGCUGGCUGGUUCAGGUGGCGCUCUUCUGCGCCUCGCUGCUGGUCGUAUUAGCCUGGCUCGUUCAGUUCUCACUGCCGUUGCUUCGCCUUAGGUGGUGCACGAGGGUCCAAGGCAAGAGGGAGACCCCGUGGCAGCUGCCCUUGAGUCUCACCCACCAGACACUGACAGGCGGUGUGUGGGGUUCCCUCCUGAGGCUGAGGCUGGGGCGAGACGGGGCAGGGAGUGACACUGAAGCGGGUGUCAAAGGUCUUUUGUCCUCGCUUUUUGCGUUCAAGUCGUUCAGGGAGCACUGGCACAGAGCCUGGGUCCGGGCGCUCAACGAACAGGCCUGCAGGCAAGGGAGCUCCAUUCAAAUCACCUUUGAUGACAGCCUUCAGCUCCCCACUUCUGCAUCCAUUGACCGUGUGAUUUGCACUGACCAAUCAGUACGCAGCAUGGUCCUGCAAUGCAAUUGUUCAGUUGGCACCGUAACAUUCCCAGUGACUGUCACUCAGCAGUCACCUGCAGCCGUUUCCAUGGAUACCUACCAGAUCACAAUGAAGCCCAUGCAGGCCCAGUUGCAGGUCUGUCUUGAGGAAGUGGAAGAAGAGGGUCUCCUUGUGUCCUGGACUUUUUCAAAGCAACCUCAUCUCUCUUUAACUGUAACAUCAUGCCAAAGAGUCCAGAAAGAGGGCUCUGAUAUGGAAGUGGACUGUGAAAUGAUUGCGGCGCUGGUGGAGGACACACUGUACACAACACACCCUGCCAUGAUCCUCAACCUGAGAGCCUGUGUAUCAAGCCCUGCGUUUCCCAGGGAGAAGCAGAUCGGUGGUCUGAACUGUCCAUCUCAGAGCACGCCUGUUAGACAGAUUUUGGUGCACCAACUCAAAGCAACCAAUGUCAAAAAAGGAUGUCAGACUCAUGUAGGAGAGCUUUGUUGUGUGCUGAGUCUGGACACUCCUUCCAUUGAACGGAGAACCGGAUUCCGUACUCCUUUCCCGAGUCCUGGAGCAGCCCUGCACUGGACUGACGACUUCAAACUGGAAGUAGGACCAGAAACCAAAGAACUCAAAGUAAGACUUGUGGAGAAGAACAGCAAAGGAGAACAGUUUUUGCCUGGUUGUGCUUCCUUACAACUGGAUCUCUCUAAGAGAAUUCCUAAUGGACAUCAUAAACUGUCCAUCGCACCAGGUCAUGGUCUGGCUCCAACUGCAACUGUAACAUUAGAACUGUUGUAUUUGGAGUCCAGUGAUGUGCAUGCAUGUCAGAAUGCCACUCCCCUGCGAUCCUCGGUCACCCCCUCAAAGAAGGUGGACGUGGAUCGGACCAUCAUGCCUGAUGGCACAAUAGUCACCACAGUAACCACCAUCCAGUCACGACUAAAACUGGACCACAAACUAGGAGACUCUCCGUCUAGGUCUCCCUCAAAGGUGGAGGUGACUGAAAAGACUCCCACCGUGCUCACAAACAGCUCGCAGAGCACCCGUUCCAGUCCUACCCCCAGCAAAGGCACCCUCCCAAAUGGGCUGGAUCCCGUAGCAGAAACAGCCAUUCGGCAGCUAACCGAGUCGGCCAGUAAGGUACCCAAGAAGACACCUACUAAACGCAGCACUCUCAUCAUAUCUGGGGUGUCAAAGGUUCCCCUUACUGAAGAUGACUCAGCCUUAUCAGUGGGCUAUGCUGCAGCAAUGGAUGCAGCCCUACAGGGGGCGCAUUCUCCCAGCGGAGCCCCAAACCACCACGGAGCAUCCGCACAUCAGGAAACAGAUGAGACUACGCCGUCUGAUGUGUCCGAGCGACCAUCCGUGGAUGACGCAGAGUCAGAGACGGGAUCAACCGGAGCACUAGAAACACGUAGCCUCAAAGACCACAAAGUGCAUGAAUGUUCUGUUUUAGUGGGAUUCCUCCGCAGUGGCACCAAGCUACUAUUCCGCAGGAAACACAGAGAGAAAGACCCCAGUUUCAGUCAGUCCCACGAGGACGUCUCAAACCUGGACAAUGAGUCCUCCACAGCCUCCUGCUCCUCCACCAGCCGUAAAAAGUCUGGAAGCUUCUCCCGUCGCCUCAUCAAACGCUUUUCAUUCCGCUCGUCCAAGACUAAGGGCAAAUCCAGCACAGCCAAUGGAGGGUCCAGCACUACAGAUAACUAAAGGAGAAACAGAGAAAUGACGAGUAGGAGAGACACGGUGCGGGCACCAGUCAAAUGAGUGUGGAAUUGGCUCCAAAUUUCAUGUUACUUAUGUUAUAUACUAAUUGUCCACAACCUCGAGGGGUCUAACGUAAUACUUCAGACCACAUUGGACCCUGCAAGCCAGCCUUGUUUUGGUGUUUGUUUCUUUUUUGACUUGAACAUCAUCAUUCAUCUACUAUUAAGCUAUUCUUAGGAUGGAAGACGCCAAAAAAUGUGGAAAAUCAAAGGACUGGUCUAUUUCUGAAUGCAUCGCUUACCUAAUUAAUUUGACGAAAAGGCUGCUUUUGUGGGUGAUCAUGAGCGAACAAACUUGAGAAACUCAAAAUGGACGGGUGUCAUGCGGUUAUUGAGCACAAGGGGGCGACAGAGACCAAUGACUAUUGAUGCCUCCAACACUGACGCUAUGAGUUGUUUUUCUUAUUUAUUUUAUUUCAUCAGUUGCACUUUGGAUCUUAAUCUGAUUGUUUACAAUGCUGGGGAACCCUUUUUCUGUCGUUUUUAUCAUGUUUGUGUAUCGUUUACUGUUAUCAGCACUGAUUUAUUUCUCCUGAGCUCAUUAGGGGUAAUGUAUUUCCAGAGUGUGAUAUGCUAAGACAUGCUGUGAGCUUUGUUCUCGUUUUGCUGUUGCUAUAGCAUUUAAAUCAAGGGAUGUUAUGCCCUAUUUUUAAAUAGUGGUACGUUUGACUUUCAUUGUGGCUUAAUAAUCUUUUAUAAUGAUGUUUCUAUUUGUUUAAGAAAACGGAAACGUUCAUUAGUUACUGUAGGCAUAUCUCACUAAAUUGCGUUCGUGUUUUUGGUUGUAAAGUAAAAGCCCUUCUCAUGACAAAAGGGAUACAGUACAUCUGUGUAUAUGUAUAUAUUAUACCACAAAUUAUUGUAAACCUACAACCUCUUGAGCUUACGUUACAUCAAUCUGAAUCUGCAGGAGAAAGUGCUGUUUUCAGGGUCCACGUGAAAACAAACCUCAGGGGAUAACGUUACGUUACUUAAAAAAAAAAAGGUAAAAAUAUGUUUAAUCACUUUAUCUAUUUCAUUUUUUCUGUCAGAGAUGGCUUUUUGAACAAAACAGGCGUUACCCCAGUAACAUACAACCCCGUUUCCUCUUUAUUCAUUUAACUUAACGUUAGUUGCAAUAAACGUAUCCAGAGGAGCGAGCAUCCGCACGCGCUUUACUUAAACACAAAUAGAUUUUAUUCUUCCAUAGAUGGCUUUUAUUAUAGUAUUGAGCAGAACAUUUUAAUAUUAUUUUUUUCUGAUAAACUAGUAAUUCGUGUCGAAGGUAUAGUUCACAAAAAAAGUUCUAGCGUUAUUCACCACGUUUUACUUUCUGUGGACCAUAGAUGCAUCAUGCAGUGGCUGCAUAAAAUCUUUGUGUAUUGCACGACAGAAAGUCAUAGAGGUUUGAAACAACUUCAGAGUGGGUAAAUUAAUACAAAUCUCAUUUUGGGUGAACUAUCCCUUUAAGGAAUCUAUUUUGCGGUGUCCCCCAUCACAUAUGAUCGGUGCACAUUUCGGUUCUACCGAAUAUUUGAAGUGAUCAGAACUCUGAAAAAAAGUCAACUGGUUGUCAAGUUAACAGACUCUAAUUACUACAGGAAAACAUCUUAGCUACAAAACGUUGACUUGCAGUUCAUAAAUCAAUGAAAAUGUGCUUGUUUGCUAUAGUGAGUGUAACUCCUGGAGCAUAAAGCCUGAAAAUGUUAUAUGACCAGAAUGUUAUGAUAACCGCGAAUAAUCUAAAACGAAGGCAGUGAACCUUCUAAGGUAUUCGGAGCUUUAUGUUAUUGUGGUUAAUUUGAUGUUUAAUUUAUUCUGAAUAAAUUAUUUUUGAAAAUCCA